AUGAACAGCUACAACCACAGACAGACAGACAACAACACAGCCAUCUCUCUACUCCCUUCGCCCCCAGUUAUCCCACUGGUUGCAUACCUCGAUUUGGUCUUAAAUAUUCAUCAAAGAACCGCCGAUAUGCUACAACUCUCCCAUCUUGUGGCUUUGGCCAUGCUCGCCACCUCGACUCUGGCUACUCCUCUGCAACCUAGAGCGCCCCCUGCCUCCUGUUAUAUCAACAAAAACACCGCCUGGUGGAUUCCCCCCAAUUCCCCUACUACGCCUCCCACGGUGACCCUUGCAGACAUUUGCAAGCAGGGCGGCGUUGGAGGAUGCCAGCAAAACCUUGGGCGCUUCUGCGUUCUCGGCGACCUCGACUACUGCGACAGCCUCGGGGAUACUCUCGACUACUAUCAGAAAUGGGUGAACAAUAGCCACUGGGAGUUUCCCUCUGUGAUUCGGUGUAGCAACCUUGCACUCGGCGUUGCUGCUACCUAA